AUGUGCUUGAAUCGAUCCCAGCAUCGCCUACGUACAGCAAGUCACAGUUCGCCAGCCAUGCAAAUCACUGUCCAAGUACUCGACACGCAGAAACGACCUAUCGCAGGUGUUUUCGUGACUCUGCACUGCUUGGAUGUUCCACACAUUUUGUUCAACGGUAUGACAGACUCGAAUGGCAGACCCUCAUGGAAGUUGGAGAGUGGCUCUCGACCGGAACACACCUGCCGUAAAGUUUGGAAUGCGCACUGGCAGAUUACAGUCUAUUUCAUGGGGAAAAUGAUGCCAAUCAUUCUUGUUGCCUGCUUUGUUCCGAACCUAAUCCACUUAGGCAUUCAGCUGACAAAGAAGGGGUAUGUGGUGGAUCUGUGUCGUUCUGGAGUGGAGGAUUCUAGCGGAGGGAAUCGAAAACAGAUCAUUCCCGCUGUGGGGGCCAUGCUAGGAAGGCGGGCUAAGGAUCGUUUGCUUUGA